UUCCGUAAAAACGUCAUUGGUUUGACAGUUUGUGUAGGUGUUGUUUCGUGUGGGAAGUGUAAUGGUUUUGUAUGAAAACUGUAAAAUUCUGUGAAAACAUCAAUAUAAACGGGAAUACUUGAUGCGGAUCAUUAUGAACCAGGAACCCUUAGGGGUGGCAUCAGAUGUGGUGCACCCGAACAACCUGACGAGGUGGAGCGAAAUAGCUCCAGCUCAUUAUUUGACUGAUUACAGUGCCAGCGGAGCACCCAAGCACAAUAAUUCACCCUUCCCGUACGACCCCGAAAUCAAUCACAAAAUUAUCUUAUGGUCUGGUGAUAUUUCAGCACUCCAAGUAGAUGCUAUAGUCAAUUCUACAAAUGAAUCGAUGAACGAGAGUAAUCCGGUCAGUGAUAGAAUUUUCCAAAGGGCCGGGUCUGAAUUAAAAGAGGAAAUCAAUCUAGAUAUAAGAGAGUGUAGGACAGGCGAUGUUCGAGUUACACAAGGCCAUGCACUGCCAGCUCGAUAUAUUAUACACACCGUUGGACCCAAGUAUAACAUUAAAUACCAAUCUGCUUCGGAAAAUACACUGCAUAUAUGUUAUAGGAACGUGCUCCAGAAGUCAAAGGAAAUGGGUCUCCACUCCAUCGCCCUCUGUGUUAUAAACUCCGUAAAGAGAAACUACCCGCCCGACGAAGGAGCACACAUAGCACUACGUACUGUGAGGAGAUUCCUUGAACACCACGGAAGUUCUUUCGAUACCGUCAUCUACACCGUUGACAAUACAGAUUUAGGUAUUUACGAAGUGUUGUUACCGCUUUAUUUUCCGCGCUCGAAGUUUGAAGAAGACGCUGCACGUUGGCAGCUGCCUGCAGACGUUGGGGGAUACGACGGAGAACCGAUGCUACCUGAUAGACAAAUUCGGAUUAUUGACAAUCCGCAACAUACUCUUCAUGCAGACGAAGAGUCUAUAGAUUUGUCGUCUCAAUUGGAAACCUCGAUAAAUGUCGGCGAACAUGCAUUCAGUCAAAUGCAGGGCGACCUCGAUCAGCAACGUCUUCUUGGGGAGAGACCGUUCAAUGAUCCGCUCGCCGACAUCAUGGUCAAGGAGAUACAGCACCAGGAACGGUACGAGAGACUCUUGAGACGUGCCAAAACCGAGGACCUCACCGAAGUAUCGGGCAUCGGAUGUCUUUACCAGAGCGGCGUCGACCGGCUCGGCAGGCCUGUGGUCGUUUUUAUCGGAAAAUGGUUCCCUUUCAACAAAAUCAAUUUAGAUAAGGCUUUGUUGUAUUUAAUAACGUUGCUGGAUCCGAUCGUGAAGGGUGACUACGUUAUCGCCUACUUCCAUACGCUUACCUCCAGCAGCAACUAUCCGUCGUUUUCGUGGCUGAGGGAAGUCUACAAUGUGCUGCCUUACAAGUAUAAGAAGAAUCUUAAAGCUUUCUAUGUCGUUCAUCCCACGUUCUGGACGAAGAUGAUGACUUGGUGGUUUACCACGUUCAUGGCACCGGCCAUUAAACAGAAGGUGCAUAGUCUGCCAGGGGUGGAGUAUCUGUAUGCAGUUAUGUCUCCUGAUCAGUUAGAGAUACCGGCGUUUAUAACUGAACACGAUAUGACUAUCAAUGGCCUGAGGUACUUUCAGCCAGGAGCGCCGACAUAAUCUGCCCUAUACAUGUUAGUGUUCAGUGCCGAACUUAGUAUUCAUCCCCCAAGUGAUAAGUUUUGCAAUAUUUGACUAGUGCUAAGUUGUGCUGUGCCAACAGAUAUGUUAGAACAGUCGCUGUUUGCAGCCGCCAUCGUUUCAUUUCCAACUUCGCCUUUAAUGAAUUAUUAACACAGGGACUAACCACUGGAGAAUUAAACGGCAUAAUUAUAAUGCUUUUUAUAAAUCGAUCGUUUAAUGGACGACGACGUUGACCUGUAGUUUAUUUAGCGAGCGUCUUUUUUUCCUUGGACGUGUUUUAUUAACCUGUACUUAGUCUUAAGUUGACAUUCCACAGAAGCGUUUGAGAUUAUCGAGGAGAUUGUUCUGUUGGGUGGAAACCUCUGCCAUUGUAGCAUUCCAGGCAGCUUUGUAUCGCACAAAUUUAAUUUUAACCGUUUAAUACAAGACUGUGGGAUUUAUUAACAAUAAGGUCCAAAGGUGCCAAAAAAGCGGACUGUGUCAGUGGUAGAUGGCCUUUCCAUAUUGUUAAAUUUUAUGUCAUUGUUAAUGUCACUGCAUAUCCUAUAAGCCAGUUUUGUUAUUUAUCGAGUUUAUAAACCUGUUUGUUUUUUAGGAAAGUGGAGUUUAGAUAGAUUAUUAUUAAUACGUAAUUUUCUAUGCUGUUUAUAGUAGUUCUGUACUUUUUAUUAUUAUUAUUGUAGAGCAGCAAAAUUGGUAGAGUGCUCGAAGAGGGUCACCAGUCGGGACCACGAACCACCACGGCGAAUAUAAUAUAAAUGAGGGUAACGCGAAUUGUGAUAGCGCACUCUAUUGAUGAGCCACCAACACUACUAUUGACUGAUGUUUACACAACUGAUAUUUAACAGCAAUUACACAGACCUUCAUUUCCCGUUGUAUGUAUAUCAUUACUACAUCCGCAAGACUGUGAAUGCGGAUUAUUAAAGGUGCGAUUAAAUAUCAGUUCAGAUUAAGUUUGAAGUAGUUCUAGCGCCUAAUUUGCAUUUUAUCUACCCUGAGCGACUGCUUCAGUUCGUUUCGGUCAUUCUUCAAAAUUUACAAACAUCUGUCAAUGUUCAACUAUGCAUUUGUACCUCUAUAAUGUCUAUCAUGCUCUUUAAUCGACUCUACAACAAUUUUCAAUACUUAACCAAGAAUCCUAAUUGUUGCUUCAGAGUAUAAGAAUCACUAUGUUUCUGACGAUCCUGUUAAUCACGUUUACACUAAAUUUUUAACAUUCUUUUAUUGAUCAACAAAUGAACAUCAAGAGAGCAAUAUAAAUAUAUGAGUCUAAAUUUAUUAUAGUGUUGUAGUUGCAUAUUAUAAUGAUGUUAUUAAUUAUAAAUAUUUUACAUGGAAAAUACAAGCUGCGAGUUGUUGAGUAUUAAUUUUAUAAAUGACAACAAUAUGGAAUAAAUAUUGUACACCUCA